UAAGGAAGUUGAGUUUGACUUUGCAACUGCCAAAUACAGAGGAGUGCAGGUUGUAAAAAAUUGACUUAAGAUGAGAGUGUUUGUUUUCUUUCUUUAGAUUCCUUAUCAUUACAAACCCUUUUAAUUAAUUAUUUUCAUUUAAUUUAAUCUGAGGAGUUUCAUGGAGCCUCCUGUAAGAGAGCUUCAACUUCAAAGCAGAGCUGAUGAUGAUGAUCACCAUGGCCAAAAUCCAAACACAGACACCUCUGCUACACCUUCUUCUGUCACUAAUCGAUUUUCGCUUCCCAAGCUCAUUCACUACAAGUGGUGGUUUCGGGUGAUGAUCUACAUCGUUUUUAUAAUCGCGGGCCAAUCUGCAGCCACUCUCUUGGGAAGAUUGUACUAUGACAAAGGUGGGAACAGUAAAUGGAUAGCAACACUAGUUCAAUCAGCUGGCUUCCCAAUUUUGAUACCUCUUUUAUUCUUCUUUUCAUCACCAAUAAAACCCAACAACACAACAACACAACUCAAGAAAAAACUACCUUCUCUAGCUCUCCUUUACUUCUUUUUUGGCUUAAUUUUGACAGCAGAUAAUUUGAUGUACUCAUAUGGACUCCUCUACUUGCCUGUAUCCACUUACUCCUUACUAUGUGCCACUCAAUUGGCUUUCAAUGCCUUGUUUUCGUUCUUUCUCAACUCGCAAAAGUUCACUCCUUUUAUACUCAACUCUCUUGUCCUUCUCACCACCUCUGCUUCCCUUCUUGCACUCAAUGCAGACUCAGACGAACAAGACUCGAGUAGUAGUACUAAAUUCUCUAAGAGAAAAUACGCGAUAGGCUUCUUAACUACCCUCGGGGCCUCUGCAGCCUAUGCAUUGUACCUUUCCUUAUUGCAACUAUCUUUUCAAAAGAUUUUGAAGGCAGAGACAUUUUCUAGUGUGUUGAAUAUGCAAAUUUACCCUUCUUUUGUAGCAACAUGUGGUUGCAUUGUGGGGCUUUUCGCGAGCGGGGAAUGGCGAGGCUUGGGGAAAGAGAUGAAUGAAUAUUACCAAGAGAGUAAGGUGUCUUAUGUUAUGACAUUGGUUUGGACUGCUUUGACAUGGCAGAUUUGUUCUGUGGGGUUGUUGGGUUUGAUUUUUGAAGUGUCUUCUCUGUUCUCCAAUGUUAUAAGUACCUUGGCUUUGCCUGUAAUUCCCAUUCUUGCUGUGAUUUUCUUUCAUGAUAAGAUGAAUGGGUUGAAAGUCAUAGCUAUGGUGUUGGCCAUAUGGGGUUUUCUUUCUUAUAUCUAUCAACAUUAUCUUGAUGACUUGAAACACAAGGCACACAAAAGUGAGAGUAGUGAGAUUAUUUCUAGGAGAAUAGUUGAAGUUUGUUGAUGCAAAAUUGUCAAAUAUAGAGAUUUCAACUUUUACUCUUGACUCUUUUUAGGGGUUUGAUUAUAGACAAACUUCAAAGUUAUUGUUUUCUUUGUACUAGUGUUACUGGUUUUUAUACAAGUGGUAGAAAAGUAUACACUUACGAAAAUUUGACAUAA